AUGGCCUGUAAAGCCUACAGAUUCGAAUUCUUUCGUUGUGUUCUACCUCAGUCUUUUGGUCGUGAGAGUGGUUUGAUAUUUGAUAAACCUCUUUCCGAAUUAAGAAGAUUACAAUAUGAUGAUAAAAUUUUAGGUCAUAGACGUUGGACUUUGAUAAUCUUUGGAAGAGCAAAAAUUGCUGCUAUACAUCUUCAAACUGAUUUAUUGAAACGCGACGAAAAUGAAACUAUCAAAGACAGAUUGGUGAUCCUCAAAGAUGAAGUGAAACCUGUCCUGGCGGUUGAAAGGAAAAAAGUUCAUUCAAAGACCAAAAAGGAAAGAGUCGUCGAAAAAUUGACUCGUAAAAGUUCAACAGGAGUUGAUAGAGACCCCAUGAAUAAAGACCUCAUGAAACAGGCUGGCUCCGAGCUCUUGGUGUCUUGGGAAACUGAAUUAGAAAAAUCGGAACUUAUCUUUGUUGGUGCUAGUAAGAAGGAAAUCUCAACUUUCUUUCCAGAAUCAUCAUCAUUAUAUAACAAACUUCGAUCUUUUCCUUUUGACUUUGGAUCUCCGAACAUUGAGGAGCUCAAGCGUUGCUACGUGAAGCUCACUACAGCUAAGCUUCACCUUGACUUAUUAACACAGGAAAAAUAG